AAAGAUAAGAUAACAAUGGCUGGCAAUUUUUGGCAAAGUUCUCAUCAUCAGCAAUGGAUGUUAGACAAACAAGAUCUCAUUAGAGAUCGUCAACAUGAUCUCAAUAUACUGUCAGAGGAAGAAUAUCAAAAAAUAUUUAAUUUCUUUGCAAGUAUUAUACAAGUUCUCGGUGAGCAGCUGAAACUACGCCAGCAAGUGAUUGCCACAGCUACAGUUUACUUCAAGAGAUUUUAUGCCAGGAAUUCUCUUAUGUGUAUAGACCCAUUGUUAUUAGCACCCACCUGUGUGUUCCUCGCAUCAAAAGUUGAAGAGUUUGGUGUAAUAUCAAACUCAAGAUUGAUAACAACUUGUCAAACUGUCAUUAAGAAUAAAUUCAGCUAUGCUUAUGGACAGCAAGAAUUUCCAUACAGAACUACCCAUAUAUUAGAAUGUGAAUUUUACUUACUGGAAAAUUUAGACUGCUGUUUAAUAGUUUACCAACCAUACCGGCCAUUAUUACUGUUUGUACAAGAUAUAGGUCAAGAUGACCAGCUACUUACUUAUGCUUGGAGAAUUGUUAAUGAUUCAUUAAGAACUGAUGUAAGCUUGCUGUAUCCACCAUAUCAGAUUGCAAUAGCAGCAUUGCAUAUAGCCUGUGUGAUGUUGGGAAAGGAAAAUCUCAAACCAUGGUUUGCAGAACUUAAUGUUGACAUGGACAAGAUACAAGAGAUUGUUCGAUCCAUUAUUAACUUGUAUGAAAUGUGGAAGAGUUAUGAUGAGAAGAAAGAAAUACAGCAGCUUUUGGCUAAAAUGCCUAAACCCAAGCCAGCACCUCAAAGAUAGAAAAUGAACAAUAUGUGUGGAGUAACAAUAUCAUUAGAAUUGAUUUCUCUAUUUUAUAGAACUUUUCUAUUAGUGUUUACAACAUUGAUGAAUGAAUGAAGUGAUAAAUGACUUUGUAAUAGUACUAAUUCACUAUUGUUCCAUAUUUUGUCACAUUUUGUGAUAUAUUAGUGACAGAAACCACCUCAGUUCCUGUUACUCUUAGGCUAUUUAGGCUAGGUGUAAACUUACAUUGACUAACUUUUACUUUUUAAAAGACUGGUAAAUGCUAUUUUAUUAAUAUCAAUAAAAU